AUGUUGUCAUUGUUAGUUUUGGGUUCGCUGCUGUUGACGACGAUAUCGUCGGCAACGUCGACGUCGCCCUAUUUAUCCCGCGAAGAUGUAGCGAGCAGCAGUUCAACGCUAACGCCCACACCUACGGCCACGUCCACGACUGAGCCGCCUAUCAGCAGUGAGACGAUGUUGAUUUCCACCACACUGCUGCCCCAACAACAGCCUCAGCCGCAGCCCAUUCCCAUAAAGGAGGACGACAAUUUGUUGCCGCUGGGCGAGCUGGAGAAUGCGUUGAGCCGAAGGACUGUCACCUAUGAUCAGCGACAGGAGGGGCAGUACAAUAUUCGCGCCGAUUUGGAGAACUUUAUGAUUGUGCUCAUACCGCCGGGUCCACAGGAGGGACUCAGCUUGCUGGAUCUCCUCACCAAAUCUGCCUCACACGCCAGCAAAUCCAAACGCAAGCAUUUCGCCUCACGCCAUGGCCUCAAAGGUUCGCCCAUCAAAUCCUUCUAUCAGCAGCAGCAACAGCAACAACAAAGACUUCAGCAGCAGCAGGCGGAGCGAGCUCGUGGCUACGGCCAGACGCCACAAUUGGCUAUAAUGGGAACGGCGGGCGAAAGUCAGCAGGCGCCGAUGGUCAGCCUGCCGGAGUUCAUCGAGGGACGCACUCCCUAUCAUGUGGACAUCUCGGCCAGCGACGAUGAGCGUCAGCAGGUGGAGGUGCUGCCGCCUCCAUACUUCCCACAGCUCAUCAAACCCUUUCAUCUGGAUGCCGAGCCUACGCUCAUACAGGCGCUACCCCCUGCGGAGGCCACCUCCACUGCAGGAUCCGCAGCAGCUCCACCAGCUUCCAGCCUACUCGAAGGCUAUCAGCAGCAGCCGGGCGCCCACUACUAUCGGAAUUCACGCGCCCUGCUUGGCAACAGCUACUUGGACACCAAUCGACUGAGCAGUGAGGAGCGUCCUCAGCUUAAGAAGCGCCGUCAGGAGCUGACCAUUGCUGUGCCGCUCUAUCGGGCAGAUCUGAACGCCGAGGCCAAUGCCUUGUACCCACCCAUCGAUGUGCCCACAUACUUCCAAGACCGCAACUGGCAGUUAGACGAGGAACCGACGCCCACACAGCCCAAGCGCUUCACCUUCGACCUCUUGGCGGAUGCCUCCCACUCCCAAGCCUCCCCCUCAUCGCACGAGGCCUUGAUCCGUGAAUUGGCGCGCUGCGCUCCCGGACAGCGACGCGAUAGCUACGGCGACUGCCGCCAGAUCGAAGGCUAUUGAGCAUGAGAGUCCCCAGACUGCUAAAUGAAAGCGUAAAUCUAAGUUUUAGCACACAAUACAUGCAUACAUACAAACAAACAUACAUACUAUUUAGACUUAAUUUUUUAUAGCAACAAUGACACAAAUUCAAAUAAAAAUACGAAUAAUUUAAUUUGAAAA